GAUUGCACCAUGUUUUGGGUCCUAAAUCCGGAUUGCAGUAGCAAGGGGCUGUAGCGAUCUCAGUUACACUGGAUACUCAAAUGCCAUCUCUGGCUCCCUUUGGGGUGACAAUGAAUGGAAAUUGCUUGUCUGGAACAUCUUAUAAAUGGCAAAGGGUCUUGCUUAAAGUAAGCGGAGAAGCACUUGCUGGAGAUCACACACAGAAUAUUGACCCAAAGGUAACAAUGGAAAUUGCAAGUGAGGUUGCAUCGGUGACUCGUCUUGGCAUUGAGGUUGCAAUUGUGGUUGGGGGAAAUAUCUUCCAUGGAUCUUCCUGGGCUGGAAGCAGCGGUCUGGACCGAUCAUCUGCUGAUUACAUUGGGAUGUUGGCAACUGUCAUGAAUUCAAUAUUUCUUCAAGCAACAAUGGAAAGUAUAGGCAUCCCUACUCAAGUGCAGACUGCGUUUCGUAUGUCUGAGGUUGCAGAGCCUUACAUCUGUUGAAGGGCUGUGAGGCAUUUGGAGAAAGGGAGGGUAGUGAUCUUUGCAGCAGGAACUGGAAAUCCAUUCUUUACCACAGAUACUGCUGCAGCACUUCGUGGUGCAAAAAUCAAUGCAGAGGUUGUACUGAAAGCUACAAAUGUUGAUGGGGUUUACGACGACAAUCCAAGGUGUAGCCCAAAUGCCCGUCUUCUUGAUAAUCUAACAUAUGAGGAGGUGAUGUCCAAAGAUCUUUCAGUGAUGGACAUGACUGCCAUUACUUUAUGUCAGGAAAACAACAUUCCUGUUGUUGUGUUCAAUCUAAGCAAACCUGGUAACAUCUCAAAAGCCAUAAUGGGAGAGAAGGUCGGCACAUUGAUUGGAGCAACAUGGAAUUCUACUGCGACGAGGACACGAGGGGUGGUUUUCAUUUGCUCUGGUGGAGGUUAUGUUGAGGAUGGUUUACCACUGAAGCUUUAAAUAUGAAAAAUGGGAAGCACAAGUCCGAAAUCAUUCUCGAGUUAGCAUUGGAAGAACAGUAUGACCUCAAAGGAUAUUAAUAUUUGGCAUCUUAGGUGUAAAUAAAUUUUGAAUGCUGCGUUUUAACGAUUUGGAGAUUUCGUGGCAUUGUUAGUUGAUCCAAGCAAUUCAGUCUCUAGUGAUUGUAUGAUGAUGUAGGGUAUAUUUUGCUUUUAUUGUCGUCUGGGUUGUUCCAUUGCACAAUUCAAGCUGAGAAAAAAAGAAGUGAUGAACAGAAACAAGGGGCAUUUGAAACGAACCCAAUAAUUAUUAUGUUAUUGUGUUCUUAACCAACCAAGACAGAGUGUUGUAGUAUAAGCAACUCUGCCGAGUCUUGAUCUUAUGGUGGUGGGUUCUCUUGCGGUGACAGUUUCUGCUCUCUUUUGGGUCAUAUACGACUUUAUCCGACUGCUGUUAUUUUGUGCUUCUUCAGUUUUGUUGUAGAAGAAUUGUACAAUUUUUAUUGGUCAUCGAAAUUAAGACAUGCGGACCUUUAAUUGUAUUAUAAAGUCAACAAGUCAAAGGAGACCAACGGACUUGC